UUCACUAGUUUCCGAAACAAAAGCUAGUAUACGUAUUUAUUUAUAAUCCCUACAUAUAAUACGAUAGCUGUGCUCAUAUUAUAUGUGGAAACUACGUCAUUUGGUGUUUUAAUGCUAAUACCAAUGUCAUUGGAACGUGAGAAUUUUGAGAUUAAGGUGGAACCUGGUUGGGAGGAGCUCGGGGCUGCCCUGGCCAUGUACACGGACCAUGAAACAGAGAAACUGGACCCACAGACCGGCCAUUUAGAGGAGAUAAAGCUUGAGCCUGGUUGGACAAUCGAGGACAGCAAGAUUAACGAGAGUGUUGCGGGGGCCGGCCUGUACGUAGACCACAUUGUUAAGGAGGAGAUUGUGCUGGGCCCUGAGGUGAUAGAGCGGCCUAAAGUACCCUUACCUUACCCAGAAUACAGUGCAGCUUGUAGCCACACAGUGCCGUUGUGGCCUAAAUCCAAUAAUCAAGAGAGAUUUUAUAAGUGCCAUGCAUGUCGGAAAACAUUUGACCUAGAAGAUAGUCUAACAAGGCAUAUUUUUGCAGUUCAUGCUAAAAACGAAAUACCCAAAAUUAAUAAAAUGCACGUUUGCAAGAUUUGUUGCCAAAUUUUUCUAUCUAAAAAUGGUUUGACGGAACAUUUGAUGAUUCACUUUAAAAGUUCCAGAAACCUAAAGGAAAAUGUUUUUGUUAACAAAAGACGUAAUACGGGUAUAUUGAGGCGAGACAAAAUUAUUCCGCUUAACACUUUGACCAACAACACAUAUAUGCGUUCACCGUCAUACAAUAGCACGCCCCCUGGCAGUGAAUAUGUUAAUUUUGAAUGUAAAUAUGAUAAGACAGCAUCCACAGAAGAUGAAGAUUGCUGUUCACCCAAUAUAAAGCCAUACACAUGUCACGCAUGUCAGGAAAGUUUCGUCCUAGAAAAGUCCUUUGAUAAGCAUAUGUUAGAUAUUCAUGCGGAACCUAAAUUUCAAGAAGAACUUACUAUUGUACAAGCUCUAUCUGGCUCACGCGGUAAGGCACCAUACAAUUGUCAAAAAUGUCAUAAAACAUUUGACUCGGUAGAGAGUCUCACAAGGCAUAGGUUUGCUAUCCACACAAAACGUGAACCCGGCACACCCGAAAUUCAACAAUUAAGUUUAACCACCAGUAACAACUUGGUGGUAACAAGUGGCAAAAACCGAAUGCGUCCCUGCUAUUUUUGCUAUCAAUGGUUUGAAGAUAGAGAUGAUUUAAUGAAACAUGGAAUUUCACAUAGAAUUUGCCAGUGA